CCUUCAUUUACCAAUGAAAAAUAGAUUGCCUUUGUUGACGGAAGUGUGAAUUACUGCGGGAAAAUCAAAGAUAACAUUAUCUGUUCGAACACAGGUCCUAUGUGUAUUUUCAACCGAUACUGAGAAUAAUAAUGUUGGCAGAAAGGGCAUUAGAGUUAAUUCGAGAGUUACAACGAUCGUUGGACGGAACUCUCCCACCUUUUAAUGAAGACAAAGUCCGGCAAGUUCUUGAAGAAAUGAGAGCUCUUUUUGAACAGAAUCAAAAGGAUGUUAGUGCAACAGUAGCUGGUGAGAGUGGGCUGUUUUCUGGUGUCCAACUAAGACACGCUGCUUUGGAAAGGAAUAAGCGGUGUUUGUUAGCCUACAUAUACAACAGGAUACAAAAGAUACGAGACAUGCGCUGGGAGUUCGGCAGUGUUCUCCCUCAAGACAUCAAAUAUAACCUGUCAGAACAAGAGGUCCAGUGGUUUAACAAGUAUAACAAGUGCCUAGCCAACUAUAUGAGGUCCAUUGGAGGAACAGGGGGUCUUGACUUGACACAAGACAUGAAACCACCCAAGACACUCUAUAUUGAGGUCAGGUGCCUUGUGGACCAUGGUGAAUUCGAAACACACGAUGGCAACAUUGUUGUGCUCAAGAAAAAUAGUCAGAAAAAUGAUCUGCAAUUUCUGCAACGCAUCUUAUCAAGCAUUUCCUCCUGCGUUCUGAGUGUGAGCACCUGAUACGGCAAGGCAUCCUGGAGCACAUGGUCCAUUGACACCCACACACUGUGUACCUGGGGGGGGGGGGGGGCCCUAACAUACGGAUCUACAGGAGAGUCAAUUGUCCUCUCUCAAGCUGAUUAGUUACUGUUGAGUGUCAAGUAUGCUUCAUAAACAGUUGUUUUAUCCAAAGGAUCUGUUAAAUAAAGAAGACUUGUGGUGAAUCCAGUAGUGGGAAGGGUUUUUCCUGAGGUGUUUCCAAUAUCCCCAACCUGGAGCUACAAGAUUACAUAGGAUGAAGUUCACAAAGAUGUUAACAAAUUCUUAUAAGAAUUAAAAUCUGAGGAGAAAGUAUAUUUGUAUAAAUGCAACGUUUGAAUGCUAAAUCUAUAAGCACUGGGAUUGUAUUAUUCAGGAAUCAAUCUGGACUCUACACAACCUAUUCCAUUUCUUAUAUCAAUAUCAAUUUUUAUUGAUAAUGUUUUAAGGGGUAUGGGGCAAAACACUGAUGUAACAAAACAUGUGAACAAAAAAUGAAAAAUCUGGUUGUAACCGACAUCACUAGUAAGGAAAACAUCCGAACUUCCAUCAUGGAUGUGUGUUAUUGCGCAAUAUUCAAUGAAAGUUUUCGCUGCUUGUAAAACUUCAGCCAGAAUUAUGCAAAUCGCUUACACUGGUUCGUGGUAAAUCUGGGGAAAAGCAGCGACAAAACAUCAGAAAAAUUAAGGUAUUAUCUUAUUUCCGCAAAAUAGUUACAUAAAUUAUUGUUUGUGUUUUGAGUAACCCGAGUGACACAAUUUGUUUAUUUUUUGUUUAGUGUCAUAUUAAAUGUAUCUCUGAAAAAAUACUUAAUAUUAAACGUGAACACCUUAUGUGCCAUAACCUCACCCACUGCAUGUAAUCUGCAUAAAAUGAAAACUAAAGACACAUACAGCAUUGUUUUACCAUUGUACUUUUUGUACUGCAAUUUCAUGAGAAUAUCUGCUAUUGUUUAAUAUUUGCUUCAUUGUAUGAUUUUUUAUUCAUAUUUGAUGCAGGCUGUGUUAAAUUAUUGAAUAAAUAAUUUGCAUCGAUAUGAAGAAGACAUUUUAACUAAAGGAUUACAAUUUAGUUAGACAGUCCGAAUAGGGUUUUUACCACUGUAAACAUUUUGUGACCACAGCAUGUUUUCAUGAUUGUCAUGGCUCAGUGCUGCACCUGCACUGAAGCAAUGUUAGAAGUAAAUACCUACCGGUACAAGACAUAUGCAACAGCUUUAUAGACUGCAGCCAUGAUUCAUCUGCAUACACAUACUUAUGUAAAAGCAUUUUGUUCGGUUCCAUUUUUUUAAUGGCCGUUGUGAUUAUGGGCCCUUUUGAGUCCCAGAUUAGUCAUUAUGCAGAUUAGGCAACCGCUUAUGGGCCCCGCAACUUUUAGGGGAUGGGUGAGACCGUGACAACUUACUUAGCCUUAUAUUAUGCAUAAAGGCUUGAAGAAGUGACAAUAAUUUACAAUUUGCAAAAAAGGAUUGUUUUGAUUGGUGAUAUUGUUUUCAAUGUUUAUAACAGGAUAAAAGACUGCUCUUUUACUCUGUAGGUCUGGGGUGUGGGUCCCAAACAUUUCACUGUCUGUGGGCAUAAUCCUUCCGCACUGGCCAUUUGUCACAAUUUACUUGUCAUAACUGUGAAUGUUCGAGUUUGUGUUUGUUUUGCUUGUUGUUGAUUGUUAAUCAUUCUAUUUUGGUUCUUUUGCAGAUACAGACACAUUGUUACUAGAUCAUUCUUAAAUAGAAAAUAAAAUUUCUGUCUUCAUGCUUUCAACUGAUCUGAACAUUUUUGUAUUUUAUUUGUUGUUUUCUAUUUGUCAGAAUGAGACAGCUGAAAUAAAAGGUAAAUAAAA